UUGGCCAUGGUUCCUUAAUAAAUAUUGUAGUCCAUUCAAUGUAGUUUUCAAUAAUUUCAAUUGUUUGUCAUUCUAACAUUCCUACAAAAUGUUAUGACCUUUUUAAUGAAGAAUAGCAGUGUAGUCUACAUGACAGCACUUUCAUACGAAAGCGCAGAGGAAUUGGGAUGAACAAUUUUCGAGGAUAGUGGAGUUGACGCAAAAGUGACAACAAGUGUGCCUCACCCGGCAAGUCAGCCUAUAAAUACCCCAUGCUCAAAUUUUUGGAUUUCAAAUAAGGUCAAGGAGCUAGGGCACGACUCCAAUAGAUAUGGCCCCAAAUCUCUUCCAAUCAUCAUAGUGAGUAUUUUAUGAUGUAUUUAGAUUAUAUAAACAUCGAUAAUAAGAAUUUAAACCUCAAAAGCAUAUAAUCUUGUCUAGAUUCUCAAAUCUCUCUAAAAUCACUCAGACGCUAAAAAGUGAUAUUAUGCUGCCAAGAGGUAAUUUCUCUACUUGAGCUUCAUAUGUAUGAUGUAGUAAUGCGGUAGACGUUUUAGAGUUUACUUGAUGUUGUAAUUGGAUAUUGCAUGAACCAUAAAAAGGGUCUUGAAAGUGAUAUUUUUAGAUGGAGAAGAAGAUGAAUAGUGAUAUGUUAAGAUAAAUGAAAUCAAUUUGAGUUUCUUUGAUUAUGUCUUGGUUAAUAAUUCCAACAAUAGUGUUAAUAUAUUCGUUUGAGUCAUAUAAGUUGACCAUUAAAAAUUCAUGAUUACUGUUGCGUCCUAUUUCACAUGAAUUAAGGUACAACAUAACGAUAAUUUCGAGGUAUACUGGUAAUUAUAAUUAAGGAGUCUCUACUUAAUGCUGAGGUAUAUUAGCAAACCUAUUUAAACUAUGUGAUAAAGUGUAACUUCAAUUAUGGUUUACUAAACCUGUGGGAUUCUAAGAGCGUUCAAAACAUGCUAAAUGGACGGGGUUAAACAUCCUAAAAGAUCUACUUAAAUAUAGUUCCUUUCUUGAUUUAAUUUAAUUAAGUGAGAAAUUUUCAUAAAAAUGAUUCCAAAUAGAUAUUUAAAGUCUAAAGAUUUAUAAUAAAAGAAAACUACCUCUGGUAGUGGAUACUCUUGGUGGAAUGGAAGAAAUGAAGAGGAUUGUAUAUUCAAGAGACUAGAUAGAGUCUUUGGAAAUCAAGAGUUCAUGGACUUAUUUCCAUCAUUUGAAUUUUCACAUCAGAUAAGAUAUGGAUCUGAUCAUGCCCCUUUCCAUGUAGUAUGUGACAAUCAAAAUGAAGUGGUAGUGAAGCCUUUUAAAUUCCUAAACUUUUGGACUUCUCAUCCAAAGUUUCUGGAAGUGGUUGAGAAAAACUGGUGUUUGGACUUUGCAGCUAAUCCAUUCAUUGAGUUUCAGGCAAAAAUGAAAAAGGUGAAACAUGCUUUGGCAGGUUGGAGUAGGGAAACUUUUGGUAAUAUAUUCCAACAAAUUUCCACUAUGGAGGAUGUUAUCAAAGUGAAGGAAUUACAGUUUGAAAUGAACCCUUCUAGUUUGAAUAGGGAAGCAUUACACAAAGCCCAAGCAAACCCGAAUAGGUAUUUACACUUGGAAGAAGAAUAUUGGAAGCAGAAAGCUGAAAUGAGGUGGUUUAAGGAUGGAGAUAGAAAUACCAAAUUCUUUCACAAUUAUGUCAAAGGAAGAAGGAAAAAGCUGGCAAUUCAUACCAUUCAAAAUGGACAAGGGAACUGGAUAAACCCUAAUGCUGAUAUUGGGCAGGAAGCAGUGUCCUUUUAUCAAAACCAGUUCAGGCAUGAAGGAAUUGCCAAGGUUUAUAACUCAUACAAAUCUUGUGCUCAUUCCAAAGAAAGAGGUUAUUAACACUUUUGCUGAUCUGAGGCCUAUUAGGUUGAGUAUAUUUGCCAACUAAAUCAUUUCUAGAGUGUUGCAUGAAAGAAUUGUUCCAUUGUUGCCUGGCAUUAUCUCUAACACUCAGACUGGUUUUGUUAAAGGAAGAAGCAUAGUAGAGAAUGUUUUACUGGCACAAGAAAUUAUCAGGGACAUUAACAGAAGGAACAAACUACAUAAUGUGGUAGUCAAGAUUGACAUAGCAAAAACAUAUGAUAGAGUCUCAUGGAUUUUUUUGACAAAGGUGUUAAGACAAUUUGGCUUCUCUGAAGAGGUGAUAGACAUGGUCUGGAGGCUAGUCUCAAAUAAUUGGUAUUCAGUGUUGAUCAAUAGACAGUCACAUGUUUUUUUUUUCUUUCUUCAAGGGGUUUGAAACAAGGUGAUCCACUCUCUCCAACACUCUUCAUUAUAGCAGCAGAGGUUUUGGAAAUAAAUUUGAUCAGUCUACAUCAUGAUCCUCUCUUUAAGGGCUAUGGCAUGCCAAAGUGGAGUCCACACAUAAACCGCUUGUCAUAUGCAGAUGAUAAAAUCCUCUUUUGUUUAGCUGAUCCUGUCUCUUUAAAGAAAAUGAUGAAGGUAAUACGGAAUUAUGUGAAGAUUUCAGGCCAGCUAGUCAAUAAUGAAAAAAGCUCAUUCUUUCUGCAUGAGAAAGUUCCAGGUAACAUAGUAAGUAGAGUAAAAAGAAGAACAUGGAUGAGGAAAGACUCUUUUCCAUUUACAUAUCUGGGGUGUCCAGUUUUUUAUGGAAGAAGGAAGAUUGUGUAUUAUGAGAAUCUUAUAAAAAAAGUGAUGAAUAGGGUGAUGUCUUGGCAAAACAGAUUGCUGUCUUUUGGAGGAAGGUACAUUUUAAUAGCACAUGUUCUGCAGACUAUGCCUGUAUAUUUACUAUCUGCUAUGAAUCCAUUAAAAGGGGUUAUAGAGCAACUUCAUAAGAUUUUUGCCAAGUUCUUCUGGAGUAACACUACAGGGGUAAAAGGAAAGCAUUGGGUUGCAUGGGAGAAAAUGAGUCUGCCAAAAGAGGAGGGGGUUCCGGCUUCAGAUCCCUUCAUGCCAUCUCAAAAUCUCUCUUUGCUAAGCUUUGGUGGAACCUCAGAACAUCAAUAUCUCUUUGGGGUGCAUUCAUGACCAAAAAAUACUGUAAGAAGUUCCAUCCUGUUGUUGCUCAAGAUAGAGGUGCAUCUCAUGCAUGGAAAAAGAUGGUGAGUGUUAGAGAGGACAUUGAACAUAAUAUAUGGUGGUAGCUAAAAUCAGGUACUUCUAGUUUCUGGUCUGAUAACUGGACCAAACAAGGUGCAUUGUAUUUUUGUGGAUAAUGAUCAGGCCAGAGACAAAGAAAUAGAGGUGAGGGAGUUUAUUGAUGGUGGAGAAUGGAAUCAGCAGAAACUACUAACAAUGCUAUCUGAAGAUAUAGUUGAUUAUAUUCAGGGAAACAUCAGUCAUACUUUGAUGGCUGUUGAUAAUGAUAAGGCCUGGUGGAUGAGGAAAAAUAAUGGAAAGUUUACUGUGAAAAGUGCAUGGGAGGAACCCAGGCAAAAACAGGAGAGAAAUGCAGUCUACAAAUACAUAUGGUUGAAGGGCUUGCCAAUUAAAAUUAGUUUCUUCCUGUGGAGAUUGUGGAAAAGGAGGCUAGCCACAGAUGACAAUCUCCAAAGAAUGCACAUUCAUACUGUAUCAAGAUGCUGGUGUUGUGAGGAGUACAAGCAGGAAACAAUGACUCACCUUUUUCUAACAUCUCCAAUAGCUUUUAAGCUUUGGAAACAGUUUGCUUCUUGUGCAGGUUUGAAUAUAGAAGGGCUGCAACUGCAGCAAGUAAUCACACUAUAGUGGACAGUAGCUACUGCUCAUAAGCUGCAAAGCAUUUAUCAGGCUAUUCCUGCUAUUCUGUUAUGGGAAGUAUGGAAAAGAAGGAAUUCAAUUAAGCAUGGGAGGAACACUACCUACAGCAGGAUGGUUUGCCAAGCUCAGCAAUCCAUCUUCCACCUAAUCAGGGUGAAAU